AAGAAGAAUGUAACUCACGUAAUAAAUACGGAUGAGAACUCGCACAUGCAAGGAUAAACUUUAGUAUUUGUGUUUGUGUUGCAGUAUUGCUGUUUGUCUUAAAUGCGGCUUUAGUAACUGUCGUUCCCGCGGCUAACUGCUGCCGGUCAGUGGAGUGAAACCCGACGUUCCGUAGUGCGGUGUCCUCGUGUCCUCCUCACCUGCCAGCAUGUCGCGGUGGUAUAAAUCUUGUAAGCGGUGUUUUCUGCACAGUUUAGCAGCCCACAGAGGGUUUCGCAGUCUGACAGCGGCCGGAAACAGACGAACAGAGCUUCGGCUGCAUGCUGCAGGCAGCAGAUGCUGCUCCACGGUGCAGGGGGAGGUGAGGGUCAGGUUUGCCCCCAGUCCCACAGGCUUCUUGCACCUCGGAGGUCUUCGAACUGCUCUCUACAAUUACAUAUUUGCAAAGAAGUACGGAGGCGUGUUCAUCCUGAGGCUGGAGGACACAGAUCAGAGCAGACUGGUACCAGGAGCUGCAGAGUCCAUAGAGGACAUGCUAGAAUGGGCCUGUGUACCCCCAGAUGAGAGUGCACGUCGAGGUGGGCCGGUGGGUCCGUACCUGCAGUCUCAGAGACUAGACCUCUACAGUCAGACAGCCCAGCAGCUCGUUGACAGUGGUCACGCUUAUUAUUGUUUCUGCAGCGCUCAGCGACUGGAACUACUCAAAAAAGAGGCGCUAAGGUCGGGGCAGACUCCAAGGUAUGACAAUAGGUGUCGUCACCUGCGGGCGGACCAGGUCCAGGAGAAGCUAGCUCAGGGAGCGCCACAUGUGAUCAGGUUUCGUCUGGAAGAGGGCGUCGAGCCUUUUCAGGACCUGAUCUUUGGAUGGAAUCGUCAUGAGGUGGCACAGGUGGAGGGGGACCCUGUGGUGAUAAAGGCAGACGGUUUCCCCACCUAUCACCUUGCCAACAUUGUAGAUGAUCAUUACAUGAAGAUCAGCCAUGUCCUGCGGGGGUCCGAAUGGCUCAUCUCCACUUCCAAACAUCUCCUCAUGUACCGGGCUCUCGGAUGGCAGCCGCCCACGUUUGGACAUCUGCCGCUGCUGAUGAACAAAGAUGGCAGUAAACUGUCGAAGAGACAGGGGGACAUAUUCAUUGAAACAUUCAAGAGAGAUGGAGUCCUGCCAGAGGCUCUGUUGGAUAUAACAACCAACUGUGGCUCUGGAUUCAACACUAAUCGAAUGGGGCGGAGGAUUGAUGAUCUGAUUUCUGAGUUUAAUCCUUCAAAGAUCACGACUCACUCGGCUUUGUUAGACCUGGAAAAGCUCCCAGAGUUCAACAGAAUUCACCUGCAGCAGCGGAUUGAAGAUGAGCAGCAGUGCGAUUUGCUGAUAAAAGAUCUGCGGGAACAAAUAAGUCAGGCAUACGCAGCCGAGAUCCAGGAUAAAGACGUACUGCAUGAGGGUUAUAUCAGGCGGGUGCUGCAGCUCCGAAAGGGUCACAUAUCCUUCCUGAAGGAGCUCGUAAGCCCCACUUACUCUUACCUGUGGGUGCGUCCUUCCUUCUCCAGCCAGGAGGUGGCAGCACUCACUAGAGAAGCCCAGUGUAUUGCUUCAUUAGUCCUGAAGCUGAUAGAAGAGCGAGGCGAGGAGCUGUCAGUGGAUGGACUCAGUAAAGACCUGAAGGCUCUCGCUAAGCAGGCCAAAGCCACCAAGUACAGGGAGGUGAUGAAGCUGAUACGUCUGGCUUUGAGCGGUCUGCAGCAAGGACCCAGUGUUGCUGAGAUGAUGGUGUCUCUGGGGUCUGCAGAGAUCAGCCAUCGAUUCCAGAAACUUCUGCUGCUUUCAAGCAAAGCAGAUUAAAGGCUGAACAGCGUCGCCUUACAGUCACCACGCUAACUGAUGGAAACCCAGGAAAAAAACAGCUGCUUCUGGAUCUGUUGGCCUGAAUGUUGAGAAUUGAUACUACUUAAUACUUGUAAUAUUAAAAAAUAUAUAUUUUAUAAAAGUGCUGAGAACAA